UACAACAUACAUAUUCCCCAUCUGCCUUUUGAACUGGGGUGGCACAAUAUAUCUCUGCUUCAUAGCAUCCAGCAUGGCGCAUGGCUGUGCCUGAGAGAGCCGAGCUGUUGUAUUGAACGCUCCCAUAACACAACACCUAAUACUGAUAUUUGUCAGCCAUGGGUAAUUUCGGUUAUAUUUUUGUGCUACUUCAUUUUCCAGCGCUUUUAAUAGAAGGAAGAGCAGCAGCUUUAGAAGACGAGUCUAAUGAAAUUGAUGGGGACGAGACGUACAGUGAGCGGCAAGCUCAAGCCCAGCAAUCCGUCCACCAUUCAGUUUUCACACUUAAAGUUCAAGUAAAUGAUCUUAUCAGCCACCAGUAUCUCCCUAAAGCAGUUGUUGAGGUGUUUGUGAACCACACCAAAACCAACUCUACAAUGACUGGAAGCAAUGGCUCCGUGCUAAUUAAAGUUCCAUAUAAAAGUGGUCUAAGUUUAACAAUAACUGCUUAUAAAGAUAGAUACUUGUUAACACCGCUUCCUUGGAAGACUGGAAAAAUGCCCAUUUAUUCUUCUGUGACUCUCUCACUGAUUCCUCAAAGCAAAGCAAAUAUCUGGCUAUUUGAUGAUUCUGUAUUAAUUACAGGAAAACAUUCUGAUUCUGAAUCACAACCAAGUGUUCAGUUUCCUAAGGAUCUGCUAACAUUUUACAGCUCUGAAGAUAUUACAAAUAUGACUGCGUAUCUUACAGUACCACAGCAUUUUUUCAAAGUGGAUAAUUUUAUUUACACUACAGGAAUUUAUUUUAAUAAAUUAGGUUUUAAAAGAGUUGAACUGAGCCCUAUAGGUGCAAUAUGUGUGAGCAUAGUUGCAGAGGGGAAAGAAUUGCAAGUAAAUGGACCAGUUCAAAUUAUACUUCCUUUACCAAAAACAACUUCUAUCAAACCUGGAAAUUCUGUACCUGCUUGGAUGUUUGAUAUGAAGAGUGGUGCGUGGGUAAACCGAGGCAUAGGUGUAGUUAAAAAGGAAAAUAAUCUUUUGAUGUGGACAUAUGAAGCCCCACACCUUGGUUACUGGAUUGCUGCUCCAUUACCUGGAAGUGGAGGUUGGCUUCAGAAUUUUUUGUCUAAAGAUUUGUCAACAUAUCAUACAUUGCUUCUCACUGCAAUACUAGGUGGUAAUGUGCUGAUCGUUAUUGGCUUAAUUGCAGUUUUGCUAUGUAUAUGCAGGAGGAAAUGUAAUUUCUCAGGCAAGAGAUUGAGGAAUGCCAAUAAUAUACCCAAUACUGAGAUGACACAAAUAGACCAGGCUACCUCUACUAAUCAAGCCAGUUAUAAAAGCUGCACCAGAGGAACUUAUAAACAAAAUGAGAAAGCAUUUAUUAAUACUUCUAAAAUUGUUACAACUGUAAAGGAAAAUUCUCAAAAUGACAAUUCUGGGUCAAGAGUACAUCGACCUAAAAUGAAAGAGAAUGAGUGCGGGUUCAAUGAAGAACCUUCUUAUAGAUCUCCUGGUAAAAACAAAAACUUCUCUGACCAGUCACUGGAGUCUACAGAUAGAUUUGAAUGUGCACAACAUUUAAAACCCAACGUAUGUGACUCUUCUACUCUGCUGCAGCAUUCCAGUGAUCAAAGAAAUACAUAUAUUAAUGUUAGUGGUGAACUGUAUGACUUUUCACGGCUAUCCAAUCAAUUCAUGCAAAUGUACAGUCAACCAAUAGCCAUUCUUCAUUCACCCGAUGUUUUUCAUUUUUCAGAGCCUUUAGCACUUUGUAAAUCAGCUACAUUGCCGAGAAAAGGAGAACUUGUAUAUGGAUCCCUUGGAGAACCAUUAGAACAAGGAAGCCAUAACCAAACCUUGCCAAGAAUGACUCCUCAUCCUCAACCUUCAACAAGCAGCGAGCAGAACAUGAUUGUUCAACCAGGACAAAGUUCUAGCUGGGAUUCCUAUGCUAGUAGUCUGUUGGAAUCUGUAUCUGUUCCUGGGACACUCAAUGAAACUGUUGGAAUAAAACAGUUUUCUACUGAACUUCAAGGUAUCUCUGAGCAAACUUUGCUAGAGCUGUCUAAAGCAAAACAGGCAACACAUCCUCGAGCAUGGUUUGUUUCACUAGAUGGAAAACCAAUAUCACAAGUCAGACACUCCUACAUAAAUCUCAAAAGGAGAAAGAAGAAAGGCAGUAAUGACACUAGCUUAGAUUCUGGUGUUGAUAUGAAUGAACAUCAACAAAACCGGAAGUUAGAAAGAGAAAAAACAUUCAUAAAAAUCACUCCUCAGACUAAGAAGUUAAACAUGGAUGAUUUGGAUUUUAGUAGUAGUGAAAGUGGAACAGCUUGUACCCCAGACGAUUCUUCAUUGAAGACCCUCAUGGAUGAGAUCAUUAAAGAGGUUCCAAGAAAAAAAAACAUUUCUGAAGAGGAACAUAGCACAGAUAUCCCUCUUAAGAAACGAAAAAAUACACUUGAAAAAUAUUCAAAAAAUAAUUUUUCAUAGGAUUGAAGCACACUGGCAAAUUUGAAACUGGAUAAUUUGUGGCCACAGAUCAAACAAACCUAUACUCAAAAUACAUACAUCAAUCACUUGGUUUUUGUUUCAACUGCAAAUUAUGUGUAUUUAAGUAUGUGGAUCAGUUGCUUUAAAUAUAGACUCCUACUUUAAUAUAGUCAUAAAAUUAAUCAGAGGGAAGAGCAUGUACUGUUGUCACUGAAUUUUCUCAUUCCAUAACUCCUGGAAAAGUUAUUUUUGAUACCUCGGGAUUCCUUGUAAUUUUAUAAAUAAUGAAUUUCAUACUUUGUCAUUGUAGGUAUCAAAAAAUGAAAAAUUAUUGAUGAGUGCACCAUUUCUGUUACACUAAUUCUUUGUCUUCACUUAAUCAUCCCUGGACAAGAGCCAUGAUAUUUAGCAGAUGUGCCAAUCACACUCAGCACGUCUCAAUGAUGAACUGCUGACGGAGACCAAUUGAAUCCUUACAACUUGCUACUUUUAAGCAAUUUAAUAUGUAAACUAUUUCUCUGAUCAUGCAUGUGUUUCAUUUUUUACAUGUAAAUAUAAGUAUUUUAUUGUUAUUAAUAAGUUAAUAUAUCUCUAAGUGAAAAUCUUGUUUAUAGUUCGUUAAGCAGGUGAGUGGUUCUUUAUUACUUUAUCAAUUAAUUCAUCACCAUUUAACUGAGCAACAAACCUUAUGUAUAUGUGGGUGCAAGUUACAUUUUAAGGUUUUAUAACAUAUUGCAAAAUAUGUCAUUAAUAGGACAGGAAAAUUAUAUUUUGUUUCAAUAGUUUUUUUUUUAAUGGAUGUUCCUGACCGGCUUGAGGAGGUAUGUAUCUGACUACUGAUAGAACUGUUAGUCAGUAUUAAUAUAAAAAGCUUUAUCUCUAAUUUCUUAAAUUAAAAAAAAAUGUUUCUUUCAGAAAAUGGUGAGAUUCUAGGGGCCAUCACAUUUGGGAUUAACCUCCAGUCCACUAGGAGGAGGCAAAAACAC